AUGGAUAGCCUCGUGGCCAAGUACAGCCGCCCGGCGUACGAGCAACACAACACCUUCCGGGACGAUGAGCAGGAGGAUCUCGAGCUCCUGGGCGAGGCGCCGCCUCUGUCGUUGAAGUUCGCCAUGCCCCCUGUCGCACAUCCCUCCUCCUGGCUCCGCGCAGCAACAGACGACCGCUCCAACCCCGACUGCCCCAUCAAGAUCGCUCACGGAACGACGACACUCGCCUUCCGCUUCCAGGGCGGCAUCAUCGUCGCCACCGAUUCCCGUGCCACCGCCGGCAACUGGAUCGCCUCGCAAACAGUCAAGAAGGUCAUUGAGAUCAACGACAAGCUGCUCGGCACCAUGGCCGGUGGUGCAGCCGACUGCCAGUACUGGCUCGCCUGGCUCGGUAUGCAGUGCCGUCUCCACGAGCUCCGUCACAAGCGCCGCAUCUCGGUCGCCGCCGCUUCCAAGAUCCUCGCCAACCUCGUCUACUCGUACAAGGGUAUGGGCCUCAGCAUGGGCACCAUGUGUGCCGGUGUCACCAAGGAGGAGGGACCCGCGCUCUACUACGUCGACUCAGACGGCACCCGCCUCGCGGGCAACCUCUUCUGCGUUGGCAGUGGUCAGACCUUCGCCUACGGUGUGCUCGACGCCGAGUACCGCUACGACCUGACGGAGCAGGAGGCUCUCGACCUCGGCAGCCGAAGUAUCCUGGCUGCCACCCACCGUGAUGCCUUCUCUGGUGGUUUCAUCAACCUCUACCACGUCAAGGAGGAGGGCUGGGUCAAGCACGGCUUCAACGACACGAACCCCAUUUUCUGGAAGACGAAGCUGGAGAAGGGAGAGUUCACCAACGUCACGGCCGACUUGGAGUAG